CCGUUCACCACGAUAGCCCGCUAUAGCGGGUGUUCCGGUAUUUAACCUUUCUUUGUCUGACUCACACAAGUAAAUCACGUUUAUCAGCGAGAACAAACGUUAGCGUGGGUUAUGGCCGAUUGUUACUUCCGUGUUUACCGAAAAGAAUGAAAAAUAUUUAUUUUAAACGUGUUAAAUCGAGAAUUUAAACAACACACUGGUUAUAACAAUGGCGGACGGUGAAAUUUCUUCGGAUGAGUGGUCGGAUGACGAAUUUAUUGAUCAAAUAGGUGAUUUUGACUUGCAUCAUUUAGAUGAAAAUGACAGACAACGAUUGAAUAGUGUUUUACAAAAUUUUGAAAACAAUCCAGAUAACGAUACAGGUGACGUCGACUUUUUUGGGAAUUAUGAAACACCUGAUGUGUUUGAGUGGAACAGUUCCUACAGUGUAUGCUGCAUAAAGAAGUUUGAGGAAGUUCCAGGCCCUGUCAGAAUAUAUGACACUUCUGCCUCCCCCUUAGAACUUUUCCAAGUGUUCUACUCAAAUGAAAUAUUUCAACACAUAACAGACUGCACAAACCUAAAUGCCCAGAGAAAACGUGCAGCUAAUCCAGAAGAGCACAAAACUACAUGGACAGAUGUAACUAUCACUGACAUCAAGGUGUUCUAUGGUGUUAUGUUGAUGAUGGAUAUAGUGAAGUUUGAUAGAGAUGAAAUGUAUUUUAAGGACAGUACAGACACUCAUUUCAUGCUUGGGUCAAAAAUUCCAGAAGUGAUCACAAAAGAGCGAUUCUUCCAGAUCAAACGCUACCUUCACUUCACAUAUGAAACUAACAACCAUACAGACAAACUGUUCAAGGUCCGAUUCAUGCUGGACACUCUGAGAAAGAAAUUCAAGUCUGAAUAUGUGCCCCAUGAACAGAUGAGUGUAGACGAGUCCAUGGUGCCAUUCAAAGGACGUCUUGGUAUCAAGCAAUAUAUGAAGGACAAGCCUGUAAAAUUUGGCGUCAAGAUGUGGAUGGCUGCCGACUCCAUUUCAGCCUACUGUUGGAACUUUGAUGUUUACGUUGGCAAACGGGCUACUCAGAUCAACCAGGUGUUUGGACUGAGCGCACAGGUGGUCAUCGACUUAACCAAGGACCUGGCUGGGAAGGGUUACACCAUUUAUACCGACAACUUCUACACCAGUCCUAAACUUGCCCACUUCCUAGCCUCCAAGGAAAUAUACACCUGCGGGACAGUGAGGACCAAUAGGCACGGUUAUCCACAGGAACUGGUAAAGACAAAAGCCGAGGCACGACAGCUACCACGGGGCCACUUUGACUGGAUGCAGUGUGGAAGUUUAGUAGCUACCUCAUGGAAAGACAAUAAAAUGGUGUACUUUCUGUCUACUGCCCACAUGCCAGAACUGGAUCAGCUUACUACCUCAAGAAAAAAUAAAGAUGGGACGAUACAGCGUCUACCAUCAACUCCGUGUGUCGAGGAAUAUGGAAGAUACAUGGGUGGUGUCGACCGCAAUGACCAAAUGACGAGGCUGAACAAAUCCAAAAAAAGCAUGCGGUGGUAUCGCAAAAUCGAGCGCAAAUUGUUGGAACUUUCAGUUUACAAUGCAUACAUUAUAGAAGGAACGAUCAGAGACCAGAAGGCUCCAGGAAAAAGGAAACGUGACUUGAUGUCCUUCAAGUUGGAUCUGGCACAUGCGCUUGUGGGAACUUCACGACAGCGAAAGAGAUCCGCUGGGCGAAGUCGGUCAGAAAACUCAGAAAAUAUUCUUCGCCUGGACAACAUCUCCCACCUGCCAGCAAUCGGUGAAGGAAAAGACCAUGUUUGCGUUGUGUGCAACGAGAGGCACAACAGGUACAAGAGGAAGCAUCCGGAAGCUACCUAUAGUGAAAAUCCUUUCAAGAGGUGCAAAACAACAAUCAAGUGCAGCAAGUGCGAUAAGUAUUUGUGCUGCAACACUAAAAACAUGUGUUUCACAGACUUCCACACACUGGUGAAUUUGUAGUCCAGUGAUACUGACAUAUCGUAUGGAAAGACACACCUGUACAGGUGAAAAACUCACCUGUAAUUAUAUUACCUUGUGAGAUGGACACAUGUCAUUAUAUAAAUACUUUCAGGCAUUUUCAGACAGUGUAUAUUGUGUACAGUUACGUGUUGUGUUGACAACCAUGAUUUGUUCAACAAUGAUGCUUAUUAGAGUAUUAUAAAUGAAUGAAAUGUAAGCAACUGCCAUUUUACCUGUGUACUUAAUUAUUCCUUUAAAGUUAUAAAUUCAAGGUUUUAAACAAGGACACGCUUAUCUUUUUACACUAUAUAUUGUAUACCAAUAGUACAAAAAUUAUUUUGAAAUGAAUUGAUGUUUUAUUAUGAUUAUUCUUUAAAAUUAUUGAAUUUUUACCUGUUAAUUAGGUAUCUUACCUGAAAAAAACAGGUAAAUAUGAAUACAAUCAAAUUAUUGUUUUUGUGAUUUUAUAGAUACAUGUAUGAACUUUCUAAAAAUGUAUGGCUUGUUAUAGAAAAAAUGCUUUGUUUUUGCUGUUAUAAAGGAUGUAUGAACAUAUGAUGUAUUUCUUAGUUCUGCCAAUUUACCUGUGUACUUAAUUAAUCUUUUAAAGUUAUAAAUUCAAGGUUUUAAACAAGAACACUUUUAUCUAUUUACACUUUAUAUUGUAUACCAAUUGAAUAGAAAUAAUUUUGAAAUGAAUUGAUGUUUAAUUAUGAUUAUUUCUUUAAAAUUAUUGAAUUUUUACCUGUUAAUUAGAUUUCUCACCUGAAAAACCAGGUAAAUAUGAAUAAAAUCAAAUUAUUGUUAUUCUGCUUAUGUAGAUGCAAGUAUGACCUUUCCGAAAAUGUAUGGUUUGUUACA